CAAACCCGCGACUUCCGGCCGCGUUUCGCUGCUCCCUGUCUAGCGGCCUGGCGGAGUUGCGGGUCCUAGUGCGUUGCCCUGCUGCGGCCUCUGUGCGUCUCGUCUUGCGUCCCGAGCUCUCCGGAGCCCAGCGAGGAUCCGGGCGGCUCCGCUGCUCCCUGUUGCCGGCGUCCGCCCGCCUGCGGAAGACCGGUUCCUGGGAGCCGCGCGUGCCCGUCCUCCUCGUUGUCCUCCCGGGGCCGGGCGCGGGGACAGUCGGCUGCCCAGCAGCUUCUUGGAGCGGAGGCGGCAGGGACGCUCGAGGACUGCGCUUACUGAGGGUGCUCGGAGGAGGAGUAGUUCAGAAUGUCAAAAAUUAGGAGGAAAGUCACAGUGGAAAACACCAAGACCAUAUCUGAGAGUACAUCCAGAAGACCUAGUGUGUUUGAGAGGCUUGGACCCAGCACUGGCAGCACAGCAGAGACACAGUGCCGGAACUGGCUGAAGACGGGCAGCUGCCUCUAUGGAAACACGUGUAGGUUCGUCCAUGGCCCUUCACCUCGUGGGAAAGGUUACAGCAGCAAUUACAGAAGGUCACCGGAAAGACCUACAGGUGACCUCCGAGAAAGAAUGAAGAACAAGCGUCAGGAUGUGGACAGUGAAUCCCAGAAACGGAACACAGAGGAGUCAUCCUCACCUGUUAGGAAAGAAUCUUCAAGAGGGAGACAUAGAGACAAGGAAGACAUAAAAAUUGUUAAGGAGAGAACUCCAGAAAGUGAAGAAGAAAAUGUAGAAUGGGAGACUAACAGAGAUGAUUCUGACAAUGGAGAUAUUAAUUAUGAUUAUGUUCAUGAGUUGUCGUUGGAGAUGAAGCGUCAGAAAAUACAGAGAGAAUUAAUGAAGUUGGAACAAGAAAACAUGGAUAAGAGGGAAGAAAUUAUCAUUCAAAAGGAGGUUUCCCCAGAAGUGGUUAGAUCAAAAUUGUCUCCAUCACCUUCUCUGAGAAAGUCUAGUAAAUCCCCAAAGCGGAAGUCAAGCCCUAAGGCAUCUUCAGCUAGCAAGAAAGAACGGAAGGCUGCUGUGGUGGCUUCUCCACUGUUGGACCACCAGAGGACUUCAAAAAGCAACCAAAGUAAAAAGAAAGGGCCACGGACUCCUAGUCCACCUCCUCCUAUACUGGAAGAUAUCAUUCUGGGGAAAAAAUACAAAGAAAAAUAUAAAGUGAAAGACAGGAUAGAAGAAAAACCAAGAGAUGGAAAGGACAGAGGUCGAGAUUUUGAAAGGCAAAGAGAAAAAAGAGACAAGCCAAGGUCUUCCUCCCCAGGACAGCACCAUUCUCCUCUGUCUUCUAGACAUCAUUCAUCCUCUUCCCAGUCAGGAUCGUCUAUUCAGAGACAUUCUCCUUCUCCUCGUCGGAAAAGAACACCUUCCCCAUCCUACCAGCGGACUUUAACUCCUUCUUUACGACGUUCUGCCUCUCCUUAUCCAACACAUUGUCUGUCUUCUCCUCAGAGAAAGCAAAGUCCUCCAAGGCAUCGCUCUCCAUUGCGAGAGAAAGGGAGGCAUGAUCAUGAACGGACUUCACAGUCACAUGAUCGGCGUCACGAAAGGAGGGAAGAAACUCGAGGCAAAAGGGAUCGAGAAAAGGACACCAGAGAAGACCGAGAGUCAGAACACGACCACAGAGAUGACAGAGAACCUCGAGACAGCCGGGACCGAAGAGAUACUAGAGAUCGCAGGGAACUGAGAGACUCCAGGGACAUCCGGGACUCCAGAGAGAUGAGGGACUAUGGCAGAGAUACCAAGGAGAGCCGUGACCCCAGAGAUUCCCGAUCAGCUCGGGAUGUGCAUGACUACAGAGACCGUGAAGCUCGGGAUGUUCGAGAUGUUCGGGAUGUUCGGGAUGUUCGAGAUGUUCGGGAUGUUCGGGAUGUUCGAGAUGUUCGGGAUGUUCGGGAUGUUCGAGAUGUUCGAGAUGUUCGGGAUGUUCGAGAUGUUCGGGAAGUUCGAGAUGCUCGAGAUGCCCGUGAUACCCGAGAUGGUCGGGAUGGCCGGGAUGGUCGGGAUGGUCAUCGGAAGGAUGAUGCAUACCAGGAAGAAGCCCGCAGUUAUAGCAGAAACCACCUGAGAGAGGAGAGUUCUCGGGUUGAGCUAAGGAAUGACUCUAGAAAUGAGUCUCGGAGUGAAAUUAGAAAUGACCGGAUGGGCAGAAGUAGAGGAAGAGGGCCAGAACUGCCUGAAAAGGGAAGUCGAGGCACAAGAAGUUCCCAAAUGGAUAGCCACAGCAGUAGCAGCAACUACCAUGACAGCUGGGAAACUCGAAGUAGCUAUCCUGAAAGAGACAGAUACCCCGAGAGAGACACUCGAGAUCAAGCAAGGGAUUCUUCCUUUGAGAGGAGGCAUGGAGAAAGAGACCGUCGUGACAACCGAGAACGAGCUCCUAUGUUCUACACCUCCUGCCGCCCCUCUCCUUGGCCACCAGUGUUCUCAGAUCAAAGACCAAGCUCACCUAUUCGACAUCAGGGAAGGAGUGAGGAGCUUGAGCGUGAGGAAAGGAGAGAGGAGCGGAGAGUAGACAGGGUGGAUGAGAGAAGAGAUGAACGGAUCAGAGACAGAGACAGGGACCGAGAGCGAGAAAGGGAGCGGGAGAGAGAGCGCGAACGAGAUCGGGAGCGAGAAAAAGAAAGAGAAAGAGAACUAGAAAGAGAGCGAGCUAGAGAGCGGGAGAGAGAGAGAGAGAAAGAGAGGGAGAGGGAGAGGGAGCGAGAACGAGAGAGAGAUCAGAGAGAUCGUGACCAUGAUCGGGAGCGAGAAAGAGAGAGGGAACGGGAGAGGGAAAAAGAACGGGAGCGGGAGAGAGAAGAAAGAGAGAGGGAACGAGAACGGGAGCGGGAGCGCGAGAGAGAAAGAGAGCGGGAGCGAGAAAGGGCAAGAGAAAGAGAGAAAGAACGAGAGCGGCAAAGAGAAUGGGAAGACAAAGACAAGGGCCGCGACGACCGCAGGGAGAAGCGCGAGGACAUCCGAGAGGACCGGAACCUCAGGGACAGCCACGAGGACAGGAAGUCCAAGAAACGCUAUAGGAACGAAGGGAGUCCCAGCCCCCGACAAUCCCCCAAGCGCCGGAGGGAGCAUUCUCCCGACAGUGACACCUACCACAGCGGGGAUGACAAAAAUGAAAAGCAUAGACUCUUAAGCCAGGUUGUACGGCCACAAGACUCGCGUUCCCUCAGCCCGUCUCACCUCCCAGAAGACAGGCAGGGUAGAUGGAAAGAGGAGGAACGGAAAGCAGAAAGAAAAGAGAGCUCAAGGCGCUAUGAAGAGCAGGAACUCAAAGAGAAGAUUUCUUCUAGCGAUAGGCAAAGGGAGCAGGCGGACUGCAUGGACAGCUCCAGAGCACGUGCACAAGACCUGAUUAGCCACCGCCAGCCUGAAGACCGUGACCGAGACCGCGACCGCGAGCGCGAGGGCCCUGAUCGAGCCCACGAUGAAAAGAAAAAAGCAAAAGCUCCGAAGAAACCUAUUAAGAAGAAAAAGGAGGAGGAUGUUGGACUAGAGAGGGCCAACCUUGAGACAUCUGAAGAUGUUCAAGUGUUUUCGCCAAAAAAAGGACAGAAGAAGAAAAACAUUGAGAAAAAGCGUAAAAGAUCCAAAGGGGACUCUGAUGUCUCUGAUGAAGAGAUGGCGCCGCAGAGCAAGAAGAAGAGAGGCCCACGCACGCCCCCUCUGGCCAUCAAGGAGGAACUGAUUGACAUUUGCACCGACAAGGACGGCAUGCUCGAGGAGGACCCGCUGAAGAAGGAAGAGACAGCCUUUAGUGACUGGUCGGAUGAGGACGUGCCCGACCGCACUGAGGGCAUGGAACCAGAGCACACCGCGGCCGCUGCCACUCCGGGCAGCACCCCGUCCCCGCUGUCUUCUCUUCUCCCUCCUCCGCCCCCUGUGGCUGCGGCCAGUACUGCAGCCACUGCUCUUGCCUCCUCCUCCGCUUCGGCUGCCACCACCUCUGCCCUCGUUUCCAGCUCCGCUGUCACAGCCAGUGCCAGUGAAGACUCCCACAGAAAAGGCCACAGGACACGUGGAGUGGAGAAAGGAGAGGCAUGUCAUGUGACCCUAGAAGAGACACCACAUCGCAAGCUGGUGGAUCAGAAGAGGAGCAGCAGCCUGGGAAGCAAUCGAAGUCACCGGAGCCACACCUCUGGUCGCCUGCGCUCCCCGUCUAAUGACUCUGCCCAUCGAAGUGGGGAUGACCAGAGUAGUCGAAAGAGGGUGCUGCAUAGCGGCUCCAGAGACCGAGACAAAACGAAAAGCCUGGAAAUCACGGGAGAAAGAAAAUCUAGGAUUGAUCAGCUAAAGCGUGGAGAACCCAGUCGAAGUACUUCUUCAGAUCGCCAGGAUUCCAGAAGCCACAGCUCACGAAGAAGCUCCCCUGAGUCUGACCGGCAGGUCCACUCCCGGUCUGGGUCGUUUGACAGUCGAGACAGACUUCAGGAGCGCGAUCGGUAUGAGCACGACCGGGAGCCGCGGGAGAGGGACCGCAGGGACCCAAGGCCGCGGGAGUGGGACCGCGAAGCUGACAAAGAGUGGCCACGGACUCGAGACCGAGAGCGACUGCGGGAACGGGAGAGAGAGCGAGACAAAAGGAGAGACUUGGACAGAGAAAGAGAGAGACUGACUUCCGACCCCGUGGACAGGGACAGAGACCGAGAGAGAACUUUCGAGGCUUCUCAGUCAGAAUCUGUGAAACGCAGUGACGCCAAACUGGAGAGUGAGCACGAGAGAGACCUGGACGGCGGUUCCCGGGACUCCGUAGCCGUGGAUAAAGAGAGACUGGACAGAGACCUGGGGUCUCUGCAGGGAUUUGAAGAUGUGAGUAAAGCAGAGAGAGCCGAGAGUCUGGAAGCAGGAGAUGACGAGUCCAAGUUAGAUGAUGCACAUUCAUUAGGAUCUGGAGCCGGGGAAGGAUAUGAACCCAUCAGUGAUGAUGAACUAGAUGAAAUUCUGGCCGGGGAUGCAGAAAAGAGAGAGGACCAGCAGGAAGAGGAGAAGAUGCCAGAUCCAUUAGAUGUGAUAGAUGUGGAUUGGUCUGGACUUAUGCCAAAGCAUCCAAAAGAACCAAGAGAGCCUGGGGCUGCGCUCUUAAAGUUCACACCUGGAGCUGUUCUGCUGCGAGUUGGGAUUUCUAAAAAGUUGGCAGGUUCUGAGCUAUUUACUAAAGUUAAAGAAACAUGUCAGCGACUUCUAGAGAAACCCAAAGAUGCAGAGAGCCUUUUCGAGCAUGAACUAGGGGCUCUCAACAUGGCUGCUUUACUGCGAAAAGAAGAGCGAGCGAGUCUUCUUAGUGACCUGGGACCAUGUUGUAAAGCAUUGUGUUUCAGACGGGAUUCAGCAAUCCGGAAGCAGCUUGUGAAGAACGAAAAGGUACCGCGCGGGAGCUGUGAAGCAGGCGUACACCAACACUCCGAUGGUAGACAACGAGCUGCUUCGGCUGAGUCUUCGGUUAUUUAAGAGGAAGACCACUUGUCAGGCCCCUGGACAAGAGAAGGCUGAGGACAGUAAAUUAGCACCCUCCAGUAUCCAGCAGGAGCUGUGCGUGUCCUAGGCAAAAGCUUGGGCAGCCCUUUGGUUCAUUCUUAGCAGUGCAGAAUCUUUCUUGAAGUUCUUUGUUUGAAAACAUUGCUAAUUACAGAGACAGAAGACGUAUCAGCCACACCAGAGUGAAGAACUUCGACCUUUAGAGACAUGAGUUUUGGUUCAUUUAAGAUUUGACAUUAAUUUUUAUACAGUACUCUCAGCCAAAAUAAUGUGAAAGCAUCUAGAUUUAGUAGUUUCGUCUGUGUCUUCAUUACAAUUGAAGAUUUUAGGAAACCAGAUCAGCCCUGCUCUUCCAGCCUGUGAAUGCUUCCUAUGAAAUAAAAGGUUUGUAUUCUGGAUCAUCACACAGAAACUGACCUUAGUCCGAAAGGCAGUGUUGAUGGGGCUGCUGUGCCAUGUACAGAGCACCACGGAGCCGCCACGGGUUUAGGAGUGCGCCUGGAGGCGGGCUCCACCACAGGGGAGCCGAGGGAGGCUUUUUGUUUCUUCUUUGGAAAAUUCUUUAAAAAAAAAAAAAUGACUGGGAUUUUCUACACGUGUGCAUUGCUACAUUGUAUAUUGGAAGUCUUUGGACUCUUGAGUGGGGUUGAAUUGUUCAUUACCAGAGACUUGCUAUUUUAUUUUUAAUAAAUGUAUGUUCCCUUUCCUUGUUGUAGAUUUCCCUUGCUCAUUAUUAAUCGGACUCCAGACCCCUAGAAACAUGUAUCAUCAGCAUUAUGGUUCCAUGCUUCGCGUAUUUUCCUCCUUUUGUACUGAGCACUGGACAGCUGUGUAUGUGUGUGAGGAUAUUGGAGCGUGUGCUUCACAUCCAGCUCUGUAAUUCUGGAAGCAAACCUGUCAUCUGAGGGUGAAAAUGUGGCCCCCACAUCUCAGUGCUGAGCUGCCUCCAUCCCCUUUACUUUGUCAAAUUUACUUUUUAAAGGUUAAACUACUCCCUUCUCUGUACAUCUUUAAUUCAUGAAGUAGACUCUUCGGAGGACUUGGACUGGACUGCAAGUUCAAGAAUUUGGGUGGACAGUGAUACUGAGGUGAUAAUAAAAAAAACGUUAGAACUUG